AUGGUUUACUUUGAUGGAGAGAAAUUCAUUCCAAUUGUGAUCCCUAAUUUCGGUUCCCUUAAUCGUUCGAAUUACCCCAAAUUUAAGAAUAGACACUACCCACAAGGGCCUAUUAAACCCUAUACACAACAGAAUACCGGACUCUACCCACAAAAAAAUGUCGCGCCGUACUCACAAAUAAAUACUGGGCCAUAUCCACAAGCAAACGUUGGUGGUUUUAUGCCACCAUCUGCGUAUGGUUCUGGGGCUACUUAUGGAUCCAAUGCUCCACGAUACCGUAAUCAAUAUGCAGAGGGUCCAAGUAGUAAAGUACCUACUGGUAUGCCUCCUUUGCCUGCGAAUCCUCAAAGCAUAAACUCUCAGUAUCCUCCUGGGACGAAUCCAUAA